AGCUCAUAAAUAGAGCGAGGCCGCGGGAAAGGCGCUUGCUGGGGCUGCGGGUCGAGGCUGAGGGUCCGUGCGGCGGGCGGUGCGUGGUCGGCGAGAGGGGCGCCGGCUCGAGUCCCGCGUGCCUCGACGGCAUGGCUUCGCUGCUGGGUUCCUUCGCGUGGGCGGAGAGGCUGGACUGCUCCGCUCUGGAGUUGCCCGACGGGGGCAGCGGCACCUCAGCCUCCGCGGUGCCCCGGACCGAGAAGGGUAACCCCGAAAGCCGCAUCCGACGCCCCAUGAACGCUUUCAUGGUGUGGGCCAAGGACGAGAGGAAGCGCCUGGCCGUCCAGAACCCGGACCUGCACAACGCCGAGCUGAGCAAGAUGCUGGGCAAGUCCUGGAAGUCUUUAACCCCAUCUCAGAAAAGGCCUUAUGUUGAAGAGGCAGAAAGGCUGAGGGUUCAACACAUGCAAGACUACCCCAACUACAAAUAUCGGCCCAGAAGAAAGAAGCAGGUCAAGCGGAUCUGCAAGCGGGUGGAGCCAGGCUUCCUGCUGGGUAGCCUCUCCAGGGACCAGGACCACAUGCCUGAGAAAAGAGUAUGCAGCCGAGCAGUGUGUGAGAAAGAUGAAUACUCAGCUGCCUCAGUAAUGCCAAACAUUAGAAGAUACCAGGAGGUCCAGAGCACAAACACAGGUAAUCCGAUGGACACUUAUCCAUAUGGGCUGCCUACUCCUCCUGAGAUGUCACCCUUGGAUGUGAUAGAUCCUGAGCAGAGCUUCUUCUCCUCCCCUUGUCCUGAAGACCCACACCAUCUCCAUAUGUCUGGAGACACCUACUCUCUAGAAUAUGCCACCAGCCCUCUCCAGUGCAAUCACUCUCUGGGUCAUAUGCCAGUCUCUCAGUCAGCCUCCUCUAUGCACUCUGCUUCUUCCAGUUGCCCAGCACCUCCCACAGGAAAUUAUUAUUCCCCAGCUUUCCCUCCUAAUCUCCAAGUCCCCAGCCUCCACAACCAUCUUGGCCAGCUCUCACCUCCCCCGGAGCAUCAGAACUUUGAUAGCCUGGAUCAAUUGAGCCAAGCCGACCUUCUAGAGGAGAUGGACCGCAAUGAGUUUGACCAGUAUCUCAGUGCCCCUGGACAUCCAGAGCCUAGUGGGCUCACCAUCAAUGGACAUGUCCAGAUUUCUCAGACAGCAAGCAGCUCACAUUCCUCAGAAACCAGCCUAAUUUCUGUCCUUGCAGAUGCAACAGCUACUUAUUACAACAAUUACAGCAUUUCUUAGGUCAGAGGAGUGAGAUUUGUGCUAUGGACCAGUUUGCUGGACAGAGGGUUUCCAUUUCUCAGGAUUUCCCACUCUGAAAUUGAAAUAACUUUGGGGUUCUCUUUUUAUAUAAUUACUCCAGUUUGCCAACAUUCUUUGUACCCAGUCUAACUAUUGAGCAUCUGUCUUCAGAAGUGUCUUUGUAUCCCAAUUAAAAGGAUACAUCUUCAGUGAUGCAUCAAGGCACCUUAAUACGUUGACUUAGAUUAAAGAAUCCUUGUUCUUUCAUCAAGCUGAGGGGCCCAGCUGAUAUAGCAUAAUAAUAAUUUCAAAUCUGGUCUACUUCCAGAGGAAUGACAUCAGGAGGUAUACAUGAACACUUAUGGAGUCUUUCAACCAAAGAUGCCCUUGAAUGCAUUUCCUAGAGAAACCACUGCUAAGCAGACUCUGAUGUUUAACAGUUUCUCAAGUGUUUUUUGCUCUUUGCACAAUUCCCAUUUGUUCCCAUGGGCUUGCAUAGGAUUUUUUUCCCUGCCAAAGCUGAGACAGAAUAUGUAACAAUGUCAAAAGUGCUACCAUAGAAGCAUCAUUAUCCUUGGUUAUUGGGCCACUUAUCUUCCUAUUAUCUUUGGCCAAACAAAUUUUAUCUUAAAAUUAGUAAACUAUGUCUAAAUAAUCAAAUGAAUAUAUAGCUCUUUAAAAGUGUUGUCCCUCUCCUACCAACUCUUACAGCUUCCAAAUUCUACAAGGGCCUCAUGCUGCAAACCACCUAUCAUCUCUUUUCAGUUUCACACAUUUUGACAAACUGAGCAUUGUCUAUGGCAAAAUGGAUCAAAACAACGUGGGAUUUCAUCAUAAUCAGUGGUAAAUGUGGCUAUGUAAUCUCAUCACAAAAUAUAGGUCAGAAGAAUUGCACGUAGCUUUGAACAACAAUUUGCUAAGUCUCAUUGUAGCAGCCACAAUUUGGCUGUUGCCCUUUGCUUCUUUCAGGAUCUUCUCUUUUCUCCUUGUCUGUGGAAGAGAUUGGUACAGUGUUGUAUGUUUGGGCACAACCAAGAUAGAAGCAUCAGGUGCAAAUAUGAGCAUUUGAGAAUGCAUUUCAAGUGUCAAAAUAAGUGAAGUUUAUCUUAAUAACAAUUUUAGCAAGAGGUAUGCAAAUCAUUUCAAGAUCAGAACUGAACAUUUCAGGGUGAGGAUGGUUCACUUGUUUUAUAUACUUUUAAUUCUAAUCUAAAUAGAUCAGGGAAUUUGGAGUGGGGAAAAACAGGAGUUCAGUAUCUUCCAUAACAAGUUGUUUUCCAGAUGGAAGCAUCUUCCAUAACAAGUAGCUGACAGCCAUCAUCACCCAAGCUGGUUACAUAUGAGAGCUAAUAGUCUUAACAUAUUUGUAAUUGUGCUUUAGACUCCCUAUGAUUUAAACUGUCAACAAAGAAUGUCAAAGAGAUGGGUAACUUAGAUUAAGAUAAUUAUUAAAAACUCCUUUCUUAAUAACCCUGCCUACAUCUACUUUAUCCCCUCCCAGAAGCUAUUUUUGAGUUUAAAAGUCUGUCAGCCAGCUUCAUCUAUACUGCUGGCAAAAGAUUGGGGAGAGUUUUGUAGAAAAGAAUUUGUAUUAGUAAUGCUCCAUUUUUAUCAAAACAUCCUUGAAAAAAAUAUUCCUUUGUGUUUAAAAGUAAACAUUUCUAUGUCUUAUUUUGCCUGGAAUGGCACUGUAUAUAUAUGUAUGUUUUACAGAUUAUUCCCUUCCUCACCAUUCAUUUUUAUUGGUAGAACUUCCUUAUAUUGAUGGAAAUCAACUGUUUCUUUGUUAAUCAGUUAUUUAACAGUUUAAUGGUAAUGUAAUGAUUAAUUAGCUAGUUUACAUCAUUCUGCAUUUCUAAUUUUGUUCCUCAAAUGUGUGGUUUAAUCUACAAAUAAUGUUUUUAUAUAUAUUAAAGAAUAAAUGAACUAAACAUGAA